CAGCUUUGGAGAAUUUGAUUCUUGCCCAUUCAAAGAGAAAGGUUCUCCAUCAGCGAGAGGGCGUGAGGGAAGGAGUGCCCCACAUUCAAGCGCCCGCUGACCGCACUCCCCUCACCACCCUUCGCUCCGUCCACAGCAUGGCUCUCUCUCUCUGGAUCCUCUUCACGUGCACCAUCGCCCUGAGCAACAUCAGCCCCUCUGCACAGGUCUUUGUAUGUCCUGGGACUCUAUUAAGGGUGCAGGCAGCAAGUUUGCUUCAGGAGGCGGAGCAUCAGUCGGGGGCAUGGUGUAAGGAUCCCCUGCAGUCUGGUGACCGUCUUUACGUCAUGCCCUGGACUCCGUACCGCACUGACAUGCUGUACGAGUAUGCUUCAUGGGAAGACUUCAAGCAGAAUCGAGCCACAACCUUCUACAAGCUGCCAAAUCGCGUGGAUGGAACAGGCUUUGUCGUGUAUGAUGGUGCUGUUUUUUACAACAAGGAACGUACACGCAAUAUUGUGAAAUACGACUUGCGCACACGUAUCAAGAGUGGAGAAGCCAUAGUCAAUAAUGCCAACUACCAUGACGUCUCACCAUACCGCUGGGGGGGCAAGUCUGAUAUUGACCUUGCAGUGGAUGAAAAUGGUCUAUGGGUCAUCUACGCUACAGAGGCCAACAAUGGACGAUUGGUGGUCAGUCAGGUUAACCCUUACACCCUACGCUUCGAGGGAACCUGGGAAACCAGCUUCGAUAAGCAACUGGCCUCCAACGCCUUCAUGGCGUGUGGUGUUUUGUAUGCCGUGCGCUCUGUUUAUCAGGAUGAUGACAGUGAAGCGGGUGGAGAUCUGGUGCUGUACGCAUUCAACACCAAUCGAGGCCGGGAAGAGUCCGUCCACAUUCCCUUCCCCAACCCCUACCAGUAUGUGUCCUCUGUGGACUACAACCCAAGAGACAAUCAACUUUACGUCUGGAACAACUACAAUGUUGUGCGCUAUCCCCUAGACUUCGGGCCACCGGAUCCCACUGCUGGUCCUCUUGUCACCACCCAGAUGAGCAGCAGCACCACCACCGCAGCAAGACCCGUCACUUCCAGCUCCAUCCCCUCAACCAUACGACCUCUUCCCCCCACCGCUCACCCGAUAGGGGCCAUCAACAAGGCGCCAGAUCUGCGACCUAUCACCGCCACCGUACCAGUGUAGAGAUUCUGAUCGGACAAUCAUUAACUCAUUUUCAUGCGAUCACUCAGAUCGUGGUCCACAAAGAAGCUUUUAGCACAUUCCUACGACACGUGUUUUUAUUCAAACUGGACUUUUACUAUCAUCGCGGACAUCGCGAGGCAUCGCCACACAUCACCAAUGAAGUUAAUCCGUGUUGCAAUCAGAGCUAGCCCUCUCCUCGUUUGAUCCUGUGACACUUUCAAGGGGGGAAAAUGCUGGAAGCAAACCAGAUCCCUUCAUCUGGAUCGCACUAAUACACACUGAUUAUCAGCAUGCCCCCACUUCAAAGUCAACAUAACUUUUCCUUUUGUCUUGAGGUGCAAAAUUCACAACGUGGUAUGUUAAUCAAGUGGGUGCGCGCUCCUUGAUUUGGACGACGGUCAUUGGCCGUCCGAGUUUUGGGUUGAGUCCUGAAACACCCUUGAAAAACUCGCGCCACAGAAUGUUUCUCAGCUCUUACAUCUUAUUGCCUCUUACCUCCUACUUCGACCCCUGGCUUCGCCUCCUCCUUCCGGAAUCUCCUUGGACCCUCUCCUCGUCUUCCUGCAUCUCCUGAAGCUUUUUUAAGUUAUCAGUCUUUCGUACUUUUACUUCACGUUUACUUUUGCGAAUAGCCAGUUAACGUUCGUCAGUGCGUUUCCCACAAGAAGGUAAACAUCCAGCACGAUAGAACUCUCUAGGACGCUUUGAACUCCCGCGCAACACACCCACGUGAGCGAACAAAGAAAUCCGUCUCCCGCCUCCUGGACGACCACACGCUUCCAUCACACACAGGUCUGAAAAUGCAAGUGUUCACUUAAUUUUGAGACUCAAGAUAUAAUCCUGUGGUUGUCUCUGAAGGUUUAGCUGUGCUAGUAACUGUAACUUUCUUCGUAUUUCCUUUGUUUUCCUUUUUAAGUUUUAUUUUCAUUUGGUGUAUAUACAUAUAUCGUGUGAUUUGUAGUAUAACUUAGUCAUGUGCUUUUAUUAAACUUCAUUUAUACAUUA